GUUCUCUUCAGGACUCGGAAUAAUUGCUCGCUAGUAGUACGACGGAAUUGAACGUGGCUGAAGUUCCCCUCUACAGCAUUACAAUUUAUUGAUGUCCGGUCAUUCAAGGAGAGGCAACACGACGGGUCAAGAGGGGUUGGCGGGGUCGAUGUGAAACGGGGCGAGGCCGUCUGUUCAUUUACUGAAGAGUUGCCGGAUCGUUUUUCAGCUGCUGCAGUUGUGAAAACCCGUUGACGUCCAUGAGGAUCUCUGAUUAGCGGACUGGAAUUUCCAAAUCCACCUUACCACCCAUCACAGAGGCAGCAAAGAUGUGGACGGACGGGGUGUUUUCACGGGGUUCCAUCGGAUGGAGAACUGAUGGAAAUUUCUCCACGCUGUGUCCGAACGGGUCGGAAUGGGUUUGGGUGGGAUUAGGGGAGUGCGCUCGGGACGGUCGGGACAUGGCCAGCGUUACCCUGGGUCUGCUGUCCAUCCUGUGCUUCAUGGUGUCGUCUAUCCCGCAGUACUUCAAUUCAUGCAAGACGGGGAACAUGGACAGUGCCCUGUCUAUCUGGUUCUUGCUCCUGUGGCUGGGAGGUGACACAUGCAACCUUGUGGGGUCCUUCCUGGCUGAUCAGCUGCCGCUACAGACAUAUACCGCAGUGUACUAUGUCCUGGCUGACAUGGUGAUGCUGGGGAUGUACUUUUACUACAUGGUCAAGAACAGGAGGUUUGCCAACAGUUCAGUCCUGAAUGCUGUGGGUUUGGUCUGUAUGGUGGGGGCUUCUGCGUCACUGGUUGCCCUCCCAGGGGCGGGGCCUCAAGUGGACAUAGUGCCCUCAAAGUUCAAAGGUCGGGCUCUGCUAUCUGAUCUCGAAGACAAUGGUUCCAUAGAGAGCUUCACCACCAAGGAGAUUAUCGGCUUUACUAUCGGCUCUGUGUCCUCCCUGCUCUACCUCUGUUCCAGAUUGCCGCAGAUUUACACUAAUUCUCGCAGGAAGUCAACAGAGGGUGUUUCCUACUUCCUGUUUGCCCUGGUGAUCCUGGGCAACACUACAUAUGGUCUGAGUGUGCUGCUGAAGAAUCCGGACUAUGGCCAGGGUGAGGGCAGCUACGUGGUGCACCACCUGCCCUGGCUGAUCGGCAGUCUUGGAACCCUCUCGCUCGACCUGGUGAUCUCCAUGCAGUUCCUGUUGUAUCGCAACGCCCCUAGAGAGCAAGGCAAACAAGAUGAGACCGCCGCCCUGCUGGACAACUGAUGUACUGCAGCGUGAGGUGCACUGCAGAAGAUCCGAUCGUCAGGAUGGGUGGAUACUUCCCGACGUGUGCUCACACAUGACAAAAUGUGUGUGGCUGUAUAAACGCACAUGUGUGUGCUUUCAAGUUCACAUUCCCAUCUCUCCAGCAUGUCAAGCAGAGAACACAGAAACUGGUGUUAAAUGGUAUGAUUUAGAUUUUUUUUUUUUAGAUUUAUUUUUUUUAUUUUUCUUUUAAUUAUUUUAUCUUUAUGUGUCUGCCAAAUUUUAUUUGAUAAACAUAUACGGUUAUUUCAGACUGGGAGAGAUGUUCACUUGGAACUGUUCUUAGAUGUUCUUAACUUCUGAAGUGUAUAAAGGGAACUUGGUCUAUUCACAUAUGUGUUUUUCAAAAAUUUGUUUCACCUAAUGAAAUGGCACAAUUGAAAUGCCUCAUAAUUGUAAUACUAGUUGCCAUUACAAACAGUAGUUUCUUGCAGAGUGACCAUUCUGAGCUGUAGAUUUUACAGCUUCAAUAGCCAACUCUCAGACCCAUGUCCAGGUAUUGCUAAACAUAUUUGAAGAGAGUUGUUUUACAAUUAAACCUUGGUCUUCCAUUUUGUUGAAAUGGGGAAAUACACAGUGCCAGCACAUAAGUAAAAAUACUGGUGCCUGAUUGUACCUGUAACUUUCGUUGUUAGGAUAAUUGUUAUUAUAUGGUUUUUUUAGAUGUAUUUUAAAGUUUACAGCAGUGACCUCGAAUGUCAAAACAUCUUUGUACAAUUUUGUAACUGAAGUAUUCCUUUCAUUUGUAGAUUUUCC